ACUGUAGUGCUUGCUCCACUGCUGAGCUAACUCUCCUCCUGUCACUCACACCAUCUAGUCAAGACAACCCUUUUGUCAACAUACAGAUUGGCAGAGACACAUUUCUUACAGAAAGACAAUGGAGAGUCAAAGCUUCACGCUCGAUAAUGAAGAUUGGGGUGAUGUAUUUGCGAAUUAUUCUGAAACAUACAGUUUUGAUCAGGGUGCGGUGCCCUGUGCACAUUCAGUUAACACAGAAUCGGUCAAUACUGCGAUGGCUGUUAUCUACAGCCUGGUCUGCUUGCUCGCUAUGGCAGGUAACGUGCUUGUGAUGAUUGUCAUACUUCACAACAGGCGCACAAUGUCCUCCACGGACAUCUAUCUGCUUCACCUGGCAAUAGCAGACGUCCUCUUCGCCAUCACCUUGCCCUUUUCAGCAGCAGAUGUCAUAAAUGGGUGGCUAUUUGGUGACGCCAUGUGCAAGAUUGUCAGUGUGUUGAAGGAAGUUAACUUUUACAGUGGUAUUCUGUUGCUGGCUUGUAUUAGCAUCGACCGCUUCCUGGCCAUUGUCUACUCUGCACGAACAAACAAGCUGAAGAAUCAAUUUCUGACCAAUGUUGUCUGUGGUGGUGUUUGGCUGUUUGCUAUUCUUCUGUCUUUACCGAUUCUCGUUAAGGGUGUAUUCCGCCCCCCCGAUUCCGAAAGAAUUCUCUGUUAUGAAGUGCUUGAUGGUAAAUCAUCAGCGAAGUGGCGAGUAGCCACCAGGUUUCUUCGGCACAUAGCCGGGUUCCUCAUCCCACUGUCCAUCAUGCUCUUCUGCUACAGUGUGACCAUCAACAGAGUGUUGAAAACAAAAGGAUUUCAGAAACAGAAGGCCAUGAAGGUUAUCAUUGCGGUGGUUCUGGCCUUUCUCAUCUGUUGGCUGCCGUAUAACAUCACCGUUUUCAUCGAUACAUUAAUAAGAAGCAAAAUAAUCAAUGAGACAUGUGAGAUGCGCAAUCCUCUUGACAAAGCUUUAUUUGCGACUGAAAGUCUGGGAUUCCUGCACAGCUGUAUUAAUCCCAUUUUAUAUGCUUUCAUUGGGGUGAAAUUCAGGAGAAACCUGAUCAAAAUCUUGGUCACUAAAGGAAUUAUUAAGCAAGGUCCAAUAGUAAAAUAUGGGAGAUCUGUCUCAACCACCUCUGAAAGUGGACUCACUUCAACUACAAUCUAGACAGCUUGUGAUGGAGCCAUCGGACCCUUGGUAAUUACUGAUGUAAGAUAUUGGAAAAUGGAUUGAAUAUACAUUUCCAAAUGUGAAGUGAAGAAACAGGUAUUGUGUGCAGGGUUGGACUUUUAGGGUAAAUAGGCAGUCUGUCGGUCGUGGCUUGAUACUCAACGAAUGCUAAGCUCGAGCUGCUGCAGAUGUAGCUUGUGGACUCAAUUAUCUAUUGGACUGACUCCUAACACUGUUAACAAAACAUUUUGCUUUGCUGCUUCAGAACAACGACCAUAAAUGAUGUAUGGGAUCCAUUCAUAGCAUUCUCAGAAUCAAGCUGUUUGCAAUGUAAAGUUAAGGAUUUUGUACAGAGCUGCAUUCGCUCUCCAUCACAUUCCUUCCUGCUCUGUCCUGAACCUGCACUAAGAGUGCUUGCGGUGAAUAUCAUUGGAUAAGUUAGUUCGGCGAUUGAUACAAGAGAUGAAAAAUGGUUGGACUUUCUUGGAAUGAAAUAAACAGCAGCGAUGUGCAGGUUUACAUGAAGGUUUAUACUAUUGAACAUUUCUUUCAUUCACAUUAUUGUUACUAAUCUCCAAGUAUUAACCAAAGCUGUAACUUAACCCUCUUUGAAAAUUGCCCUCAUCAACUCUCCUAAUGAUUCUUUGGGAAUUACAAGGCAAAUAAAAAUGCAAGUUAUUGUUUUAAUGUUUACUUUUUGCUGUUGAUCAAAAUAAAACCCUCAUAACUUG